AGAAUCGAGACGAGGCAUGUGUCCUCGGCCUCUGCCUCAGCCUGUGUAGGUGCGUCUUAUUACUGAGGUUUUUUAAUGCUUAAUUGUCCAAAAAGAAAGAAGCAAAAUGAAGUGUUAUUACGAAGUCCUGGGUGUCAGUCAAAGAGCCACAGAUGAUGAGCUCAAAAAAGCAUAUAGAAAAAUGGCUCUGCAGUGGCAUCCAGAUAAAAAUCCAGAUCGACUUGAAGAAGCUAAGGCACAGUUCCAGAUAAUUCAAGCUGCUUACGAAACACUAAGUGAUCCACAAGAAAGAGCAUUUUAUGACCGUAAUCGUGAAAACAUCCUUAGAGGCAAAGAUGAAGAUUUGGAAGAAAAACCAGAUAACAUUGAUCUAUUUGCAUUUUUUUCUUCACAAUGUUAUUCUGGUUUUGAUGAUACAGAGAAAGGCUUCUACACUGUAUAUAGACAACUAUUUGAGAAGAUUGCAGCAAAGGAUAUGCAAUACAUGGAUGAUGACGAGGAAGAUAUUGCCAUUCCAAAUUUUGGAAAAAGUGACUCUGAUCUGGAAGAUGUUGCACAGUUUUAUGGUUAUUGGUCAAGUUACUGCACUUCAAUGUCUUUUGCUUGGGUUGACGAAUAUGACAUUAGGGAAGCCCAAGGAAUGGGACGCUGGGUGGAAAAGAAAAUUGAAAAAGAAAAUAACAAAGUUCGACUGAAGGCUCGCAAAGAGUUCAAUGAAAAAGUAAGGUCACUUGUUUCCUACGUUCGAAGACGCGACAAACGUUGGGAAGCUCGUAAGAAAAUGCUUGAAGCCAAAGCUGCAGAAAAUGCCAAGAGGCAGAAGGCAAUGCAAGAGAGGCAGAAAGAAGAGAGGCUGAAGAUGAUGGAGCAGGAUAUUGCCAAGGAGAAGGCAAAAAUGGCAGCCUAUGAGGAGGAGCUGAGGGCUUUAGAAGAGAAAUUUGCAGAGGAAUGGGGUUUAUCUGAUUAUGAAGAUAGUGAUGAAGAAUGUGAUGAAAAUGCAGAAGCUGUCUAUGGAGAAGAGAUUCCUGAUGGCCAAGUUGAAGAGGAAGAAGAAGAUUAUCCUGUAGAUGAUCGAUAUUGCGUUGCAUGCAAUAAGGAAUUUAAAACUGCCAAUGCAAUGGAGAGUCAUUGUAGAUCAAAGAAGCACAGGGAAAAUUUAGCGAAGAUGAAAGCAAAUAUGUUGGCAGAGGAUGAACUCCUGAAUGGAAAGCAAGAGGAAUCUCAAGUUGAUCAAAAUUCUAUAGACAAUGAGGAAGUAAGUACACCACCAAAGUCUUCUAAGAAGAAAAAGAAUAAGAAGAACAAUCCUACCGACAUCCUCCAGUCCUUAGCCUCAGAAACGACUGGCAGAUCCAACAAGUCAAAGAGAAAAGGAAAGCGUCAAACUCUAGACUUUGAUACAAGUUCAGAUAUGUUAGGAGAUGCUACUGAUGAAAAUGCAGGCGAAGAUGGCAAAAAUGACUGCUCAGAUGCUGUGACAGAAAAUGUCACUGGUGGGGACACUCUCCCAAAUGAAGAAACAGAGGAAGGUGAUGAGGCUGCCAACAAAAGCACAUUUGAAGCAACUUCCAAACCCAAGGGAAAGAAAGCUAAAGAAGCAAAGAAACGAGCACAGCAGGCAGAAUCUUCCAAUAAAGAAAAAGAGGACCUCAAGUGUAAGGUGUGUGGCAGUGAAUUUGGUUCCAAAAAUAAACUUUUUACCCACUUAAAAGUUGCGGGACAUGCUGCUCUCAAAACUGCAAUGCCUCAAGCUGAAAAAAAGGCUAGAGGUAAAAAGAAAUGAUUUAAUAUAAAAGCAUUUACUUGAAUAUCAGUUUAUUCAUGAAUUACAUAAUUUAUAUUAUAUUUAAACAUAUGAAGAAACUUUAUUGACAAGUAAAGCAUUAAAUUGCUUAUUUCAAUAUCUUUGUAUCAAUAUCCUGAUAUGUUUUUAUACUGAAUUGGUUAUCAGGCAAAUUAUUUAAGUAUAUUUCGUUGUCAUUUUGCCAUAUUGGAAAAAGUAUAAAUGGAGAAAAUUCCAUUGGUAACGAUUAAUAACUUCAUUGUUCAUGUUUAUUUUCUUCAAUAAAAAUACUGACUAUUUUAUAGCGAUAUAUCUUAUGGAAAAACAAGAUUUUUAAAAAGGAAACUAAGUAAUUUUGCAUACUGUUGUCUGUUGAAAGCACACUGCAAUCUUCUUGAACUCCUCAGAUUAACUCUUAAAUAAUACAUUGUGAUACAAUAUAGGUAAUGAACAUAUGAAUAUACUGAAAGAAAAAAAAUGUCUGGUACAGCUGCAAUCUUCCAUAUCUCUAAGUCCUUCCUGCCAGUUAUCUGUUAUCACUGCUACAUCAUCCAUCACCUGACAUUACAAUCUUCAUGGAAAAAGUAUGUAUCUUACUUUCAAUAAAGUUCAUUUCAUUC